AUGAACACCCUCCAGUCGGACCUGGCUAAAGCGCCAGACUUUCUCCUAUGGAGUUUCUUAACGCUUAUACUACCAUUUUCUAGUCAUGAAUUCUACCACGGCAGGGAGGUAGAAGCUCGGAAAUUCUAUUCCCAGUCCGCCGAACAGGCAGUUGUGAAAAUGGCCAUCGAGGGCAUACCACAAGUGGAAGUACUGCAGUCGCUGUGCUUGCUAGCUCUACGGCACAUCAAAGGUACGCAUUUCCACAUGAACCUGAAGACCUGUUCUUAUCCCCGAAUAGAAGGCAAACAAGCCCAGGCCUGCAUGACAAUCGGAAUGGCAUCCCGACUCCAAGCAUUCCGAACCCUACAACACAACAACACCAACCAAACAGAAACCAGAGACCUCACAAUGUCCCGCUGCCACUGGAGCAUACGCAUCCUAGAAAGCAUUUUCACACCACAACUCUCCAUCCCAUCUCCACCACAAGCCCCAACAUCCCCCGAAUAUCCCUACCCGCCCAGCGCACCCGUCCCACCCCCACUCCCCUCCGCAUCACCCACCCAAGCCGACAUUUUCGACACCACCGACCCAACCAACGACCUUGGAAUAGUCGCAUACGGCAUCCAACUAAUAAUCAUCUGGGGCGAAACAGCCUCCUACCUCCACAACAUCCGCACGAAUCCUAACCUCAACGAAGAAACCCCCUGGUCCCUAUCCUCCACCUACUCAAAGCUGAACCACAGACGCAACGAACACGAAACCCAACUCCCAGAAUCCCAUCUCCUCCGCAACGUAGCAUUCACCAAACGCACCCGCGCCGAGAUCUCUACCCACCGGGAAUACUGGACUUCCUGGAUAUCGAUGCAAAUCUUUUGCCAUGCCCUCGUCGCAAUCCAGAACCACCCUUUCAUCCACCUCGUCAUAUUACGCGGGAACCGCGGCGUCUCCCAGUCCCGCCUCUUCCUCCAACAAACAGUCGAUCACGCCUUAUUUCACUCCGAAUGGGUAUUUCGACUUGUUCAAGCAUGGGAGAACUUCGACCUACCGCUCCACGACCCAUUAAUAGCCCAUUUAGUAGCAGCUACUGCGUCCAUAUCAUGGAUAUUCCAGUUCGCGAGGGACAGAGGAAUUGGAGAAAAAGCACGAGGACAUCUCCUCAUCGCAGAGAGACUGUUGUCAAGAAUGUCAACGGUCUGGCCGCACGUUUCGCAUAGGCUUAGGACCCUCCAUGCACUUCAGGCGUCGGCAUCUGUGGCGACUACGAACCCGUCUAUAUCUUCAGAGCAUCAAGGUGCAACGAUAACGAAAGGAACGACGAUCACUAUCCAGCCAUCGCUGUUCUGGGAUCUACUCGAUCCGAAAAUCUGUCCAACGGAAACGCCGGGAUCGUCGGGACCGGCAGCUCCAGGCGCUAGGAUGCGUGUUACGACGCAGUUUAUGCAUCCGCUUAGUGAGGAUGAGCCGUCGGUAGAGCAGGAAGAGAGGGGUGUGGGUGGGGUUGGUGGUGGCGGCGAGGGUUUAAUACCAGAUGUUCAUGCGCAUGAGUUGGAGCAAUUGUCGUUGGAUGAGUUGUUUGGGCAGUUGGGGGAUGAUGAGUUUACUUGGGCGCUUUGA